GCGGGGAUUUAAUGGAGAUACGUGGAGGGCAGACGACCUGUGGAUUGAAUUGAAUUGAAUGAUCUUUACGCUGCUCAGCUUAUCACACUCUCUUUCUUCUUCUUCAUCAUCAUCAUCGCGCGGAAUGGAUUGCAGCAGCAAUUUGCAGCAUCGGGUUAUGGCGUCUGUUAUUAUUCCUCGAUGCCUUCUUCCUCCAACUACCAACCAACAACGAAGAGGAAGGACGCUUGUUGUUGUUAAAUCUGCAAGUCACCAAAACGAGAUGAUAAGCAGCUCUACUUCACCACAACACUCUACUUCAAAGGAAGUUAUAAAUGGUGUUUCGAGGCGUCAAUGUCUCACUUGUUUCACUUCAACUUUAGCUUUGAUUUCUCAUAAUGCAACCGCUCUAAAUUGUGGUGGAAGUGGUAACAUCAUAUGUGAUAUGUGUGGUGGUACAGGAAAAUGGAAAGCUCUAAACAGGAAGCGAGCAAACGAUGUUUAUUUGUUUACAGAGUGUCCAAAUUGUUAUGGUCGAGGAAAGCUUGUCUGUCCUGUUUGUUUAGGAACUGGUUUGCCAAACAAUAAGGGUCUUCUGAGGAGACCCGACGCAAAGAAACUGCUUGAUAAGAUGUAUAAUGGACGGCUCAUUCCCAACUCUUAGAAGAAGUUCUUAUGAGCACAACUGAAGUGAGGCUUGAUAAUGCUGUUUCCUGGCACAACGACAAUUUUCUCCACUAGUUAAUUAAGCCAGUGACUGCAAUGGUAAUCAGCUCCUAGUACGCGCGGCAGAAUGUUUGUCUAUAUUUUUGGUUAGGAUGCAUUUCAGAACUCUAACUUGGCUACCACUUAUCGAACUUCAAUAUUCUGUAAGAAAAAAGACCGUUUUUUAAUGCUAUGAUUGCCUUAUUCAUACAGACUAAAAUGAUUUCCACAAUGCCAUGUAUACUGUAAACAUUGAGCAAACACUUCUAGCAAGUACUGCUAUUUAAGGUCCUAUAUAGUUACCAAGUAAAAAUGUAAAUGUUCCAGCAAAUCGUAUGUAUCUAGAAUUUAGGGUUUAGGGUUUUAAGUCGAUUCGAGCUAUUUAUGAAAUUUAUUGAGUAAACUAUCAAAUUGGUUUCUGAA